GUUUUCAAGGUUGUGGCACCAAGCGAAUCACGCAAUCGAAAUCCGUACGAUGGACCGUGUGUUUCUGUAAUGUGGAAAAAUCCUUGAUUUUCCCGCGCGUAUUUUGAUGCUCGUUGAACAUUUCUAAGGAACAUCUUUUUUUUAGCGCCGUUUCUAUCAUAUUUUCUACUUGCAGCGACGACACAUAUCGCAAAUAGACAUAUAGUUUUGGUCUAUCGUAAUUACGUGAGAAAAGUAAUUUAUUCUCACGUAAGAGUCAUUCUGAAUUCUGCAGAAAAAUGGAUCUGCCCUGUGAUUGGCAGAUCAACAAAGAGAAUCUUUUGGAACGCAGUCAACAUUUAUUGGAGACAGGACAGUGGUCCGAUUGCAGAUUUGUUGUUGGACAAGAACCCCAUCAACAAACAUUGAAAGGACAUAAAUUAUUUUUAGCAAUGUCCAGUCCUGUCUUCGAAGCUAUGUUCUUCGGGGGCAUGGCGGAGAAAAAUGACAUGAUAUCAAUUCAAGACGUUCAGCCAGAGGCUUUUAAGGCUCUCUUAGAAUACGUAUAUACAGAUCGAAUUCAUCUAAGUUCUUUUGAACUAGCCUGUGAAUUAUGUUAUUGUGCCAAAAAAUAUAUGCUUCCUUCUCUGGUAAAAGAAUGUACAAAAUACCUAUGUUCUGAUGUGUCUCCGAGAACAGUUUGCAGAGCGUACGAAUUUGCUAGAUUGUUCGACGAGCGUGUACUGAUUGAAAAGUGUCUUCAGAUAAUUUGUACAAAUACAAACGAGGUUCUGAAACAACCCAAUUGGGAGGAAGUUGAAUUGGGAACAAUAUUGACAGUGUUGGAGCAAGAAGAAUUGCGAAUAAGCUCCGAAGUGGAGUUGUUCACCGCAGUGGAACGUUGGGCAAAAGCUGAAUGCACAAGAAAAUCUCUCGAUCCUAAUGACGGAAAGUCUUUAAAGUCAGUAAUUGGUAACGCACUAUCAAAAAUUAGAUUUUUAAGUUUAAGCGCUCAGGAAUUUGCAGAAGGGCCGGGAAUGUCACCAUUGCUUACUCAAGAUGAAAUUUUUGCAAUACUCAUGAAUACGCUGUGUACUGGAAAUAAGGCACCUAUGCCUGAAGGAUUUUCGACUAACUCGCACAGUAGAGCGUAUAAACCACCAAUUACGCGUUUAUGCGCACUUAGGUACAAGCCGUCACGUUACAGUUCGUACAUGACACAUUGUUGGCCAACUGAAUAUUGUGAAUCUGAUUUUGUCAACAAUGCUGAAUCCAGCGGUACGUUGCGAGACGUACCGCCAUCAGUGAUUGAGAGUGCAGUAAGAAGGGAGGCUGAAAAUUUGGCUGCUGCAUCCGCUGUGGUAAUCGAAGGUGGUGUACGAGAGGGAUCAAAAUAUUAUUGUCUAAGAUCUGUUCUUCGACCAACGGAAUGUCUCAAUGCAAAUGUGUUAGAUUGUUCUGUGACAUUUAGCGUAGAUAAAAAUAUUUAUAUAUUGGGCGUACAAGUACCUACGCAAAUGACUGAACUAACUAACGACUUGAAUCAUCCUUUUAGUAGUACUUCAUACACUGAAAUUUUGUAUGCUCAUCUCCUCGAUUCUGAUAAUACACGAUUAACAUACACGCACUUUUCAACAAAAGUAAAGAUUAAUACUCUUGUGGAAAUUACGUUUAAUCGGCCUGUUUAUAUUCAAAAGAAUAAGAUUUAUCGAGUUGGGGUAGUUUUUAACUCGCUUGGCUGGUAUCCAAUAGGAGUUUGCACCCAGUAUAUGACCUGUGAUACCGUAUUCUUCACGUUCGGUGUCGGUAACAGUGCAGAUAAUGUUCGAGAUGGUCUCAUUCGAUCUAUAGUUUUUACAUACGACAACGUGUAAUACUAGUAACAAAACAGUGUGCUUUAUUCUGUUCUAUACUAUCAAUGUGUUGCUGUAUCUUUUUACUAAAUUGUGUCAACACUGCUAUUAAAAACUAUAUACAUAGUUAUAUUCGUACAUAUUGGUUCUAGUUAUGACGGAAAGUAAAUUUGUAUAAAACGACUUUUUAAUUUGCAUAAAACUGUUAAUGUUUGUUACAUAAAUUUAAUUAAA